AUGCCUACCAUUCCUAUUGUUGGCCACAUGGAACAUGUGUCCAUGCGUGUCAUUAUCAGAGAAGACCCAAAGGAGGUAUCUGUGUAUAUCGCAGACUACAUCAUCAGCCGCAUCCAGUCGUUCAAGCCUACCGCUGGGCAGCCCUUUGUGCUUGGUCUUCCCACGGGCAGCAGCCCUGAAUUCAUCUACAAGAUCCUCGUGCAGCGUCAUCGCGCCGGGGAGAUCUCGUUCAAGAAUGUCGUAACUUUCAACAUGGACGAAUACGUCGGUCUGCCUCGGGACCACCCAGAGUCCUACCACAGCUUCAUGUACAAGCACUUCUUCUCGCACGUGGACAUCCCACCGCAGAACAUCAACAUCCUCGACGGCAACGCCUCAGACCUGACCGCCGAGUGCGCAUCAUUCGAAGCGCGCAUCGCCCGCUACGGCGGCAUCGAGCUAUUCCUGGGCGGCGUCGGACCAGACGGCCACAUCGCCUUCAACGAGCCCGGCUCCUCAUUGAGCAGCCGUACCCGGGUGAAGACCCUGGCCUACGACACCAUCCUAGCCAACUCGCGCUUCUUCGACAACGACACGAGCAAAGUGCCCCGCAUGGCCAUGACCGUGGGAAUCCAGACCAUUAUGGACUCGCGCGAGGUCGUGAUUGUCGCAACAGGCGCACACAAGUCCUUCGCCCUUCAAAAGGGUCUGGAAGACGGCGUGAACCACAUGUGGACUCUGUCCGCACUGCAGCUGCACCAGCACCCACUUGUCGUGUGUGACCGCGACGCCACUCUCGAACUCAAGGUCAAGACUGUACGGUACUUCGAAUCGAUCGAGCAGGCCGGCACCGAUGCCCGCACCCAAGGCCCGGCUCUCGUCUAUCGCCCCCGGACCUAUGUUCCGGCCCCACUGCCAACCAAGAAGCACGCCUCGCAGGGGCCUACCCCCGAUCGGACCCCCGAGAAGGUGCCCAAGGACCUGCGCAUCAACACCGAGUUGCACCGCGCAAUGGAGGACGACGAGCUCACUCCUGACAGCAUGUCCUCGCGCCUGGUCGACUCAGCCAUUGGCAUCGAUGGUACUCUCAAGAGCGACCUCAUGUUCGACCGCAUGGGCACCAGAAUGACUGCCCUCUAG